AUGUUCUCAAGAAUCGGUUCCAAUGCUGCUCGUUCAGCUACCCGUCAAGCUAGAAACUAUGCCACUUUACGUGAUAUUGAAACUCGUUUAAAAUCAAUUAAAAACAUUGAAAAAAUUACAAACACCAUGAAAAUUGUUGCUUCAACUAGAUUGUCAAAAGCUGAACGUGCCAAAAACACUGCUAGAGUUUAUGAUCAAGCUGAUAGAGAAGUUUACAAAAAUGCUGAAACUGCAGCCAUUGAAUCUGAAGAAGCUAGAAGUUUAUUAAUUGUUGUUUCAUCUGAUAAAGGUUUAUGUGGUUCCAUCCACUCUUCAAUCGCCAAGGCUGCUAGAAAGAGAAUUGCUGAAUUAGAUGGUAAAGUUGAUGUCAUUGCCGUUGGUGAUAAAGUUAGAACUCAAUUAAACAGAACUCAUCCAGAUAACUUAGUCUUAGCUUUCAAUGGUAUUGGUAAAGAACCACCAACUUUCACUGAAUCUGCUUUAAUCUCUGAUGAAAUCUUCAAAUUGAACAAACAAUACUCAUCUUAUGAAAUUUUCUACAACAGAUUUGUCUCAGGUGUUUCAUUCGAACCAACCAUUAAACCAUUAUAUGAUCCAGCUUCAAUUGAACAAUCACCAGCUUUAUCUCAAUAUGAAAUUGACCAAGAUGCUAAAGUCCCAGAAACUUUAUCUGAAUUCUCAUUAGCCAAUGCUAUUUACACUUCAUUAGCUGAUGGUUAUGCUUCUGAAGUUUCAGCAAGAAGAAACGCUAUGGAUAACGCUUCCAAGAACGCUGGUGAUAUGAUCACUAGAUACUCUAUCUUAUAUAACAGAACCAGACAAGCUGUCAUUACCAAUGAAUUGGUUGAUAUUAUUACUGGUGCUUCUUCAUUGGAUUAG